AUGGUCAUACCUCAGGAUAUCCUCGACGAACUGUGCAGCAGGUUCCUGGUGAACCUGCCAGACGAGGAAAAGCUAGACCCGGUCCGCGUUUGCUUUCAGGCCGAACUGGCCCAUUGGUUUUACAUCGACUUCUAUUGCAGCGAGGAAAAAAGCAACGGAAAGUCGUCUUGUCGCCCCUGCGGUAUCCGAGAGUUUAUAAGGACCGUUUUCGCGCAUCUACCUUAUCUUCAAACACAUCUGCCAAACGUGGACAAAGUAAUUGAACAGUGGCGGAGUUACAAGUCAUCAGUUCCUGUGUACGGUGCCAUUCUGAUCAGUAGUUCAGAGGAAGAGGUUCUACUUGUGCAGGGCUAUUACGCCAAGUCGAGUUGGGGAUUUCCAAAGGGAAAGGUGAAUGAAAAUGAAGAACCGCAAAACUGUGCUAUCCGCGAGGUGCUUGAAGAGACUGGCUUCGACAUCGGCGACAAGAUUGAUGAAAGUCUGUACGUGGAACGGAAAGUCGGCGAAAAUGUGGUCGGUUUGUACUUAAUCACCGGCGUGUCACAGGAGUUCGUGUUUCGGCCGCAGACCAGACACGAGAUCAAGCGCAUUCAGUGGUUUCGCAUCGAAGAUCUGCCUCAACACAAGAGUGAUCACACUAAGAACGCCAUCGGCAUUUACCCGAGCAACUUCUUCACCGUCAUCCCGUUUGUCGAGUUCAUUACUUACUGGGUCAGGACUCACAACAUGAGCAUGGCUUCUUCGCUGGUACUGUCGUCACCAAAGCGUUCACACGGCAACGAAUCGGCGUUGACGUUGUGUGCCAGCAGCGGCCGUGGCUCAAAGGUCUUUCGGCAUAUACGAAAGCGUUGUGUCUCUACGCCUGCCCUCGAGAAACUGCGGCACAAUGGUGUCGUCGAUCGUUUGUUGUUUGUUCCCCCACAGUACCUUCUGAAGCAUCAGCUGCCCGUUGUUAUGCGACCUUUAAAGGUUGAAUCCUCCAACAUGGACUCGUUGGGCAUGUUCCUGGCGCAGUCGUUCGCCAUCAAGUCGAUACCGACGGGGAUUAGGCUACCUGUUGCUACUAUGACAGAUUCUUGGCACAUGGAAUUGAAACCCUGCGGGGCUUGGGAAAACUUCAAAAUAAAAUGGGAACUGGUGUUUCCAACCGCAGCGACGCGCUGA